AUGCUAACUCCAACCCGAAUCCUCCGCGCCCAAUGGACCUCAACGUUACAUCUCCCGAAAUCCACCUUUCCAGCCCGUCCAAACCCUGCCUCCGCACCUCGAUACCUCGCCCGUUGCACCGACGAGCUUUACGCGUGGCAGCAAUCGACGCGCUCCCUCAAACCCGAUUCCAACUUCGUACUCCACGAUGGCCCACCCUACGCAAACGGGCCCUUACACAUCGGGCACGCCCUGAACAAAAUCACAAAAGACCUGAUAUGCAGAUUCGAGGUCGGACAAGGGAAGCGCGUGAGCUAUGUGCCGGGAUGGGACUGCCACGGGCUGCCAAUUGAGCUGAAAGCUCUGCAAGCUGCAAAAGACCCCGGGGCGAGGAUGAGUCCCGUGAGGGUGCGCAAGGCGGCGAGGGCGUUGGCGGAGCGGACAGUCAAGGAACAGAUGGCGGGGUUCAAGGCGUGGGGUGUGAUGGGAGACUGGUCAAACGCUUAUAGGACUAUGGAUAAGGCGUUUGAGAUGAGGCAGUUGAAGGUGUUCCGGGAGAUGGUUGUGAAGGGUCUGAUUUACAGGCAGUUCAAGCCUGUGUAUUGGUCGCCGUCGUCUGGUACGGCGCUCGCGGAGGCGGAGCUGGAGUAUGAUGAGAAUCAUGAGUCUACGGCCGCCUUUAUACGAUUUCCCGUAGAAGCCUCAAAAGAGCUUCAGUCAGAAUUUCCGGAUAUAACAUGGCACGAGUUGGAUGCGGUGAUUUGGACGACUACGCCGUGGACUCUUCCGGCAAAUACAGCAAUUGCGGUGCAUAAUACGAUGGAAUACUCUGUUGUCCAAGGACCAAAAUCGCCGAGGCGGUUUAUAAUAGCAAGCCCCCGUGUGAGCUAUCUCGGGUCUAUACUAGGAGUGGAGCUAGAGAUAGUCUUCAGCGGCAUUCUGGGGUCCCAAAUUGCGGGCAACAUGUUCUACAAGAACCCUCUCCAAGGAUUCAGCUCUCAAACUCAGCCUAUUAUUCACGCCGACUUCGUCUCCGAUAGUUCUGGCUCCGGCUUGGUGCAUAUGGCCCCGGGACACGGCAUGGACGACUACAAUGUGUGUAGUCAGUUCGGGAUCCAGGCAUUCGCUCCAGUGGAUGAUAAUGGUAGAUUUACCAGUGCUGCAUUUCCGGAUCAACCAGAGCUUCUGCAAGGUCUGUCUGUACAAAAAGAGGGCACUAAUGCGGUCUUGGAAUACCUCGAGAUGGAAGAGAAAGAAUAUGUGUUGCACACGCACGUUAUCAAGCACAAAUACCCUAUCGAUUGGCGAACAAAGCAACCCGUUAUCAUUCGUGCAACAGAGCAAUGGUUUGCCAAUGUCGACGGUAUCAAGUCAGGAGCCAUGCAGGCAUUGGAAGAUGUUACGUUUAUUCCUGCGGUCGGCAGAACUCGACUUGAAAGUUUCGUCCAGGGCCGGAGCCAGUGGUGUAUUUCGCGGCAAAGGUCUUGGGGUGUUCCGAUUCCUGCACUGUACAGGAUGGAUACAGAGAAACCCGACGCUGUCAUGGAUGGUCCUACUAUUGAUCAUAUCACAAAAGUAAUUGAGCAACGUGGAAUCGAUGCCUGGUGGACUGACCCCGAGGACGAUCCUGCCUGGAUACCCGAGUCUCUCCUGGGCACAUACACUCGAGGCAAGGAUACUAUGGAUGUCUGGUUCGACAGCGGCACCAGCUGGACCCUUUUACCGCAACGAGAUGAUGGCCCAAUCGCCGAUGUGUAUUUUGAAGGAACAGACCAACAUCGCGGCUGGUUCCAGUCCUCACUCCUUACCCACGUGGCUCACCAAGUCACCCCCCAGGAACAUACUAUCCUUCCACCCUACCGAACACUAAUAACUCAUGGCUUUACACUCGAUCAGGACGGCCGCAAAAUGAGCAAAAGCCUCGGCAACGUCAUAUCUCCAGAUGAGAUAAUGUCGGGAACCCUCCUCCCUCCAAUGAAACCUAGGAAAAACAAGGACAAAAAUAUAAAGUUUUCUACUACAGACUUCAAACCUACUUACGAUGGCAUGGGCCCUGAUGCCCUCCGCCUCUGGGCCGCAAGCAGCGACUACACUAAAGACGUUGUCAUCGGCCAGCCCGUCCUCCUCGGCGUCAACCUAGCCCUCCACAAGUACCGCGUCACCUUCAAAUGGCUCCUUGGCGUCCUCAACCUCAACAUCCCCGGGUUCUCGUCUACAAGCUUCGCAGACUUCCACGAGGGUCUCGACGACGCACCCCUCACCCUCGCGGACGAAAUAGCCCUCUACCGCCUCGCGCAAGUGAGCCACGAAAUCCACGCUCAUUUCGCGAAGUAUGAGUUCUCGAGAGGCAUCGUCGCGUUGAAUAAGUAUAUCGUGCAUGACUUGUCUGCGUUUUACUUCGAGACACUUAAAGACCGUAUAUACGCAGGCACUAUCGAGGAUCGUGCGAGUGCCCAACAUGUCCUUGGACUUCUCUUCCAUGAACUGUGCCAGAUCCUUACGCCCGUGUGUCCUAUAUUGGUUGAGGAGGUGUGGGACCACGUUCCUGAACGCUUGCGGAGCGAUAUCGAGCAUCCGGCGCGGAUCGUGUGGGAGCCGUUUGAGUGGGAGCUUGAAGCGGGAGAGGAGCUGCGGUUAGAGGGCCAGAUGAAGGUGCUUAAUGCGGCGCACGCCGCCGUCAAGGUUGCACAGGAAAAAGCGAGGGGAGAGAAGAAGAUUGGGAGUGGGUUGGAGUGCGAGGUUCUAAUGGUUCUGCCUGAUGUGAAUAUGGAAGAGUUCGAGAAGCUGGAGCUUUCAAACGAAGACCUAGCGGAUGUGUUUGUUGUCUCAAGGGUCAGUGUUGUGGGAGAGGCCGGUGUGAAGGCAGCAAUUGGAGACAGGGAGCUGCUAUGGAGGUACGAGGAAGAGUUCCAGUUCGGCGAAGAGGGGCCGAUGGCGAAGGUGGUGGUGCUGCCGCCUAUCGAGCAUAAGUGUCCCAGGUGCUGGCGCUUUGUGGCGCCCCAGCCGGAAGAACUGUGUUCAAGGUGUGAAGACGCGGUGGAGGAAGAUAAAGAGGCGGAGGCCCCUUGA